GGGCUGUCCCCUUUAGUCGGCCCGGCGGCAGCGGCACCCGUAGUCUCGCGAGACUUUGGCCCGCUGCGGCAGGAGGCAGCGCCAAGCGGGCGCGCGGCCGCCGCCACCCGCCGCGGGACGGGACCGGGACGGGUCACGCGACGCCACGCCACGCCGCUUUGAUAAAGCUCCCAGGUUUUUUUCUCUGCUUUUCCUGUGGAACAGAGAGGCUGAGCCCGUGCAGGCAUGGCAGAAAAAGCAAACAACUUCCCUCCCCUGCCCAAGUUCAUCCCCUUGAAACCAUGUUUCUACCAGGACUUCGAUGCGGAGAUCCCGCCGCAGCACCGGACCAUGGCCAAGCGGCUUUACUACCUCUGGAUGUUGAACAGCAUCACCUUGGCGGUGAAUCUCGUUGGCUGCCUCGCAUGGCUGAUUGGAGGCGGCGGAGCUGUUAAUUUUGGACUGGCAAUUCUCUGGCUCAUUCUCUUUACGCCCUGCUCCUAUGUCUGCUGGUUUAGACCUAUUUACAAAGCUUUCAAGACAGACAGUUCCUUCAGCUUCAUGGCCUUCUUCUUCACCUUCAUGGCCCAGCUGGUGAUCAGCAUUAUCCAGGCGGUGGGAAUCCCUGGCUGGGGCGUCUGCGGCUGGAUUGCAGCAAUUUCCUUCUUCGGGACCAAUGUGGGGUCCGCUGUGGUGAUGCUGAUCCCCACCGUCCUGUUCACGGGGAUGGCGGUCUUCUCCUUCAUUGCUCUCACUAUGGUGCAUAAGUUCUACCGGGGGAGUGGAGGGAGCUUCAGCAAAGCCCAGGAGGAGUGGACCACGGGGGCCUGGAAGAACCCCCAUGUGCAGCAGGCAGCACAGAACGCGGCCAUGGGGGCGGCGCAGGGGGCCAUGAUGCAGCACGAGACGCAGUACUCGGCCACCCCCAACUACACCUACUCCAACGAGAUGUGAGCAGCAGGACUCUGUCCUCGGGCGAAAGAGCUGGGGGGGGAAAGGGAGGAGGAGGAGAAGAAAAGCUGAGCCGAGUUUCUGCAGCUAUUUCGGAGAGUCGGAGUGUACCAUAAUGGUUCUUCUUUUCCUGUUCUUUGUAACAAGAUAAUUUUGGAUUUCUUUUUAUUUCCCCCCCUGCCCCCGUUAUCGUCUUGAGCUCUUCUUUUCUCUUUUAUUUUCUGUUUUGAAGAGGCCAUGAGUUGACCUGCAGGGCUCUUGUUGUGCGUGGUAGUAAGUGUAGGUUCACAUUGUCUUCUUUUUUCCCUGUGAAAUAGUGUAUGGUGGUGGUUUUUUAAUUACUGUGGUGAUAGGUGUAUGUUAGAACUACAUCAGCCAAAAGCGCCGUGUCCCCCCCUCCACCUCACCUCCCCUCAAAGGGAAAGAUAAAAACAGCAACCAGCACCCACCUCCCCUCCUGGAAAAAGCGCUGAACCACAGGUUUCUGACGCGUGUGAGUUUUCUCUUUCAGUUGGUAGAGUCCAGCCACUCGCCACCGUCUCAGCAAGGGCAAGCAAUCCUGGGAAUUCUCCCUUUUCUUUUGCUUUUUUACUAGCAGGUGGCUGACUGAUUUAGCAUUUAAAAAAAAAAGAAAAAAAGAAAAGGGGGGGGAAAAAAGGGAAAAAGAAAAAAAAAAGAAAUCCUAAAUCUUGCUGUUGAUACGCUGGAAGCCAAGAGAUUCUUAAUCUACACCCUGGCUCAGGAUCUACAAUUUUUCUCGGUGUGGUGUUGUACAUGAGUAGUUCACAUUUCGAUGUGGCAGACCAGUAUUCGUGCGCAAGCGCGGGCAGGAGCCCCGGCGCGCUGUGUGUGUGUUUGCGUGUGUGUUGGGGAGCAAGGACAGGUUUUCCCUGCGGGAUACAAGCGUCCUGUUCCAGAUUCUGCAUCCCGAGUCUGUUUUUUAAAGGCUUCCGUUUCGAAAAGCAGCUAUAAAACUGGCAGAGUGUUUCUCAGAGGACCUAUUCUUGGGCAAGGCUCUGGGUCAAACCUUGCCACCCCGUAUGCAAGCACAUACAACCAGUUCUCACUGACCAUGGAAAGAGCGAGACCAAGAUUUGUCCCCGUUAGCUUUUUGAGGCACACGCUAACUUAAGGCUCUUUAGGAAACCUCCAGGCUGGUGGGAAGGAUUCCCGCUUGCUUGCGCUUCUAAACAGCGUGGUGAAGCGUGGCUGUGUAUUUUCCCAGUGCAGAAAUCCCUGCUCCUGUCAGCCCCAAAUCCCUCCCUAGUUAGGGAGGGGUCAGGCUUUAAAUAAUGAUCUUGCACCUUAGCGGGAGGCAGCUGAACUCUUGGGGUCUGUCAGCUGGGGACGGUGACUGGCAGACCCUGGAAAAGAUCGGUUCAUAAAUGGGGAGCUGAUGAAUGCUGCAGGGCAGGAGUAAGGAAAGCUCCUUCUCAGAGAUGCUUUUCUGACUCUAAAUGCACUUUAAAUAAGCCAAAUUUUUCUCCAAGGCCUAGAAAAAGCAGCCCAGAGUCCAGUCUGGCUCCUUGGCUCAAAUAUCUCCUGCCCGCUGCAGGCAAAGAGCUCAGCGUGCCACCGCUCGUGCCACAGCUAGCCAGAGCUGUGCGUGUUCCCAACCCCUCACCCCUGUCCCCUCUCCCUCUCUACUUGUCUGUGACUCCUACCCGCGAGAAUCACCCCAAAGAGGAACUUCUCUUUUUCAGCAAAGCCCCCCAAGAAUAGUUUCCUUUUUAAGGGUAUCACUUCAGUCAUUCUGCAGUAGGCAGUCGUCUCUUGACAAGACUAAAAUGCAGCUAAUGAUAAAAUGCCUGUCUGUGUGUGCGUGUGUGUAUAUAUAUGUAUAAAAUGUAAGGAGAAAAGUAAUCAUUUGCUGAGCCUAUUAUGUACUUAAUCAGGUUUAAAUAUUGUGCAAUUCAUUUAUAGCUAGCCUAAAACUGACUAUGCCAAAUCACGUGCUCUGUCAUCCAUGUCUGAGAAACAAUGAAUUAAGUGACUUCACCUUUUGCAUUUCCAAUAAGAUGCAUAAAUAAUAACUGUAACGAGCUACAACUAACAGACAUUGCUUCAGCAUCUAA